AUGCUCCUUACUAGCAUCACAAUCGCCAAGGACUCGGACAUCAGUUUUCUCAAGAAUGUCAUCCGAAAAGUAGCAAUUGUAUCGGAUUUGCUCUUGAUACCCGAAGACGCAUCAGUCAUUCCAUUACUGCUGCCAUUACUACCACUAGCUCGCUUCUGGGUUGUCUUGCCAGCCAAUUGCGAUACAUCAUCAACAGCAUCACAGCUCUUGGACGGAGGAGCUUCUCGAAUUGUCUUUCAGUAUAAAGGAGCAAACGAUGCAGCCAUCAAGGCCUGGAUACAGGAUACGAUCAGUGCAUCUCAAAUCCCGUCAGACCGUGUUGCUAUCUGGCUGGAUGGGGGUGAAGUAGGUCAAGAAGUCAUCCCGUUAAUAUCUGAAUACUUGAAUCAGCAUACGUCCGCCUACAUCAUUACGCUUAAUAAUAUCCCGUCUUCUAUGAACGAGAAAGCAGUCACCACCGUCUCUCCCGAUGACAGGAAUACUUCAACAUCAGCAUCAACGAAAACACAUACCCAUUUACGCAAUGUUGUAUUAGCUGCUCGAAGUGAUAGAAGGAGACGCCAUGUAGCUAUCACACCAACUCCAGCCAGUGAGAUUAUCGCUGCACUCAUCACCCGCAUGGACAAGUCUGAAGCCGAUAUAGUCUUGCCAUAUACAGCAUAUUCAAACUUUGCUCCUCAAAGUCAUCUAGAUUUAGGUGAAGCUUUUGCUUCUUGUCUCGUCACCGAUAGGUCAGAUGGUCUCUUCCCAACAGUCGUAGUCGACGAACAUGGUAUUGCUCUGGGUAUGGCGUACUCGUCUGUCACGUCAAUAGCCGAAGCUGUCAAGACCGGACAGGGCGUGUAUCAAUCACGAAGUCGAGGUCUGUGGCAUAAAGGUCUCACUAGUGGCGCUACGCAACUCUUGUACAAGAUUGAUGCAGAUUGUGACAAGGAUACCGUCCGCUUUGUCGUCCAUCAAACAGAACCUGGAUUUUGUCACUUGAAUACUAGAACAUGCUUUGGCCCCGAUCAUGGUAUUACAGCUCUAGAUGCAUUGAUGAGGAGUCGUAAAAUAUCUGCUCCGGAAGGAUCAUAUACCAAACGGUUGUUUGAUGACAGCAAGCUAUUAAGAUCAAAGAUUAUGGAGGAGGCUGAAGAGUUGUGUGAUGCAGUUACGCCUGAAGAGGUUGCUGCUGAAGCUGCAGACUUGAUAUACUUUGCUCUUGUGAAGUGUACUGCUGCUGGUGUUAGCUUGGCUGAUGUCGAAAGGGAAUUAGAUGCCAAAGCUAAAAAGGUUACUAGACGUCCAGGAAAUGGCAAACCUAAAUGGGAAGCUGCAGUUGCUGCCAAACUGAAUGGAUUAAAUAAUAUCACAGGCACUACUACUACAGGUGCUGCUCCUGCCAAGGCUGAUCAACCUAAAGUAGAAUCCUCAGCAAAGGCAGGCGAAGCUGUCAAACCAGCAGCUGAUGGCCCAUCAAAAGUAAAACCAAGUGGUGAAAAGCCAUCGACCGAAAAGGACUUUAAACUAAAGAGCUUUGUCCUUGCCGAUAUACCACCUGCCAAACGAGCAACCAUGUUUGCACGCCCUAUUAUGCGAACUGAAGAAGUCAUGGGCCGCGUCAAGCCUAUAGUAGAUGAUGUCAAGGCUCGUGGAGAUGCCGCCAUCUUGGACUGGACAUUGAAAUUCGAUGGAGUAAAACUCGAAUCGCCCGUCAUCAAAGCACCAUUCGAUCCAGCCAUGAUGGUUUUGCCUGAUAAGGUCAAAGCGGCUAUCGAUCAGGCCUUUGACAACAUAUAUAAAUUCCAUAAAGCCCAGCUGUCAGAUUCCACCCUGUCUGUAGAAACCAUGCCAGGGGUAGUCUGUUCUCGAUUCGUCCGCCCUAUAGAAAAAGUCGGACUGUAUGUGCCUGGUGGAACUGCAGUCUUGCCAUCCAGUACACUCAUGUUGGGCAUUCCUGCCAUGGUAGCUGGUUGCUCUGAGAUUGUCAUUGCUACACCACCACGAAAGGAUGGCUCCAUUGUACCUGAAGUAUUAUAUGUAGCACAUAAAGUCGGCGCUUCGAUGGUUGUUACUGCUGGAGGUGCGCAGGCUGUUGCUGGUAUGGCUUAUGGUACAGCAUCAAUUCCCAAGGUUGAUAAAAUCUGCGGGCCAGGAAAUCAGUAUGUUACUUCUGCAAAGAUGCUUAUUCAGAAUGACACAUCAGCACUGUUGUCCAUUGACAUGCCUGCUGGUCCAUCGGAAGUAUUGGUCAUUGCUGAUUCAAGUGCCAACCCAGCCUACGUCGCAUCAGACUUGCUCUCACAAGCCGAGCACGGCACCGAUUCACAAGUCGUAUUGGUUGCCGUUGCUCUGGGAUCCUUCCAACUAUCAGCUAUAGAAAAGGAAGUGGCUGCCCAAGGAGCAGUUCUACCAAGAGCAGCAAUCACUCGUGAAGCUAUACGAAACAGUUUCACUGUAUGCGUCGGCUCAGUGGAGGAAGCUUUGGAAUUCUCAAACUCUUAUGCUCCAGAGCACUUGAUUAUGCAGAUUGCUGAUGCUGAGAGUUAUUUGCCUCAGAUCAAGAAUGCUGGAUCGGUGUUUGUUGGUCCAUGGUCGGCUGAGAGUUGUGGUGACUAUGCUUCUGGUACAAACCACACUCUUCCAACUUAUGGAUUUGCAAGGAUGUACUCUGGUGUCAAUACCCAUACAUUUGUCAAACACAUUACAUCUCAAAACAUUACAGCUGAAGGGCUCGAUGCCUUAGGAGAUACAGUGAUGACUUUGGCGGAAGUCGAAGGACUUGAAGCCCACCGAAAUGCAGUCGCUCUGCGUUUGAAUGAUAUACGACGAGCCAAAGCCAUGCGAGAACACAAGGAAACCUCUUCAUAG